GUGGUAAAUACCCAAUGGGAAGACAAACCCAAUUCCACGACGACUGAACAAAGAGUGUUCGAAGAGGGAGAGGAAGAAGCGGAGGACAGGACAAAUCCGACGAGGGAGACGAAGAAGUCGAAGAGUUUCAGAGAGAGAGAGGUGGCGCUUUUGUCGCAGCAAAGUCAGGGAGAAGAGGUAGAGUUUCAGAGAGGGAGUGGGAGAGGGAGAGGUGGCGCUUUUGCCGCUGCAAAGUCAAUAUGGCUGACAUUGUGAAGCAGAUCUUGGUAAAGCCAAUACAAUUGGCGGAUCUCGUUUCGACGGCGGCCGAGGACACACAAACGUGCAAGCAGGAUUGCCUCGAGCUCAAGGCGAAGACCGAGAGGCUCGCCGCCCUCCUCCGGCAGGCGGCGAGGGCCAGCGCGGAGCUCUACGAGCGCCCCACCCACCGCAUCAUCGACGACACUGUGCAGGUGCUGGAGAAGGCCUAUGCCCUUGUCUGCAAAUGCAAGGGCAACGGCCUGGUCAAGAGAGUCUUCACCAUCAUACCGGCUGCUGCCUUCAAGAAGAUGUUUGCUCUGCUUGAGAACUCGAUUGGGGAUGUGUCAUGGCUCUUGCGGGUCUCGGCGAGCGGCGAGGAUAGAGGUGAUCUGGGGCUCCCUCCUAUUGCGCAGAACGAGCCAAUUCUCGGCCUUAUUUGGGAGCAAAUCGCUACUUUGUUCACUGGAUCGUUGGAGGAGAAGGCAGACACCGCCGCAUAUCUGGUAUCUUUGGCUCGGGAUAAUGAUCGCUAUGGGAAGCUUAUUAUUGACGAGGGGGGGGUUGCGCCUCUUCUGAAAUUGUUGAAGGAGGGGAAAAUUGAAGGCCAAGAGAGCGCGGCUCUGGCGAUCGGACUAUUGGGGCGAGAUCCGGAGAGUGUCGAUCACAUGAUACAUGCCGGCGUGUGCUCAGCUUUCGUCAAGGUUCUGAAAGAUGGGCCUAUGAAGGUCCAAGCAGUGGUGGCCUGGGCGGUCGCUGAGCUUGCCGCCAAUCAACCUAAGUGCCAGGACCAUUUCGCCCAAAUCAAUACAAUUAGGUUGUUGGUGAGCCACCUCGCGUUUGAGACAGUGCAAGAGCAUAGCAAAUACACAGUUGCGGCACAGCAGAGGAUGGAAGCCAUGUCGAUUCACUCGGUGGUCAUUGCAAAUAAGGUUGUCAAUGCACAUGAGGACCACGGGGAUCAUCACCAUGACCAUGGCCAUAGUAUUGGAAGCCAUAUACCAGUUCAUCCGUCCUCUAGUCAGUCUCGAAUGUAUGCUCUUGUGUCUAGCACCACCAAAAUGCAUCACCAGAACUCGUCAUCUUCAUCUUCAUCUUCAUCUUCAUCUUCGUUAACCUCGUUGAAUGGGAAACAGGGGUUGUCGCUGUCAGGUGUGAGCUUAAAGGGCAGGGAGUAUGAGGACCCAGCGACUAAGGCUUCUAUGAAGGCCAUGGCUGCCAAGGCCUUGUGGAAAUUGGCCAAAGGGAAUGUGGUCAUUUGUCGAAGUAUCACUGAAUCGAAAGCAUUGCUCUGUUUUGCUGUUUUGCUCGAAAGGGGCCCUGAUGAGGUUCAGAAAAAUUCGGCUAUGGCUUUAAUGGAGAUAGCUUUGGUUGCAGAGCAAGAUGCCGAGCUUAGGCGGUCGGCCUUCAAACCCACUUCACCAGCCACCAAGGCAGUGGUUGAUCAAUUACUAAGAGUGGUUGAGCAAGCUGAUUCCAAUCUAUUGGUCCCAUGUAUCGUAGCCAUGGGUUGCUUGGCUAGAACAUUUCAAGCUCGAGAAACCAGGGUCAUUGGUCCUCUGGUUAUGCUUUUAGAUGAUAGAGAAGAGAAUGUCAUGAGGGAGGCAGCCAUUGCGUUGACCAAGUUCGCUUGCACGGAGAAUUAUCUCCAUGUCGAUCACUCUAAAGCCAUUAUAGCAGCAGGUGGAGCCAAGCAUUUGGUUCAAUUGGUGUAUUUUGAAUCCACGGUUCAAACCCCAUCUCUUGUUUUGCUCUGUUACAUUGCUCUCAAUGUUCCUGACAGUGAGGCUCUUGCUCAAGCAGAGGUUUUGACUGUGCUAGAACGGGCUUCAAAACAGGGGCCCAGGGUUCAGGACCCAAUACUGGAUGAGCUUUUACCCGAAGCUAAAGGAAGGCUUGAGUUGUAUCAGUCAAGGGGGUCCAGGUUCCAUUGAGAGGAGACCCGGUAAAGAGAGAAAAAAGAGAUAUUUGAAAAUGACUUCUUCAAGCAGGACUGGCGAAGUCAUGGCUGUGGACAUAUACUUUAGUAUAUAUUCUUGAAGUGGACAUUGUGCUUUCUAUUAGGCAUUUAACUGGCUUGGUUGGCUUUUUCAAUAAUUUAGCUGUUGAGAAUGUAGCUGGGAUCAAGUUCGUUAUAACUUCCAAUCUGAUGCAUACCAAUAAAUAUUUUCAAGCAUUUGCAGUUUUUGCAAGCUUUAACUUCUUUCUCACUCUAUUCUCAUCAAUCAUCACCGCAUAUAUUGGUCCUGCGGCUGCAGGAUCUGGCAUACCAGAAGUCAAGGCCUAUUUGAAUGGUGUUGAUGCCCCAGAAAUCCUUUCUUUACGAAUUCUAAUCAUCAAAACACGUCAUACUGGACUUGGCAAAAUAUAGGGAGGUGAGCAUGUUCUUCAAAUCUGAAACCGACAUAGAUCCUCUCAUCCAUGGGCUUGUAAUAAAGGAUGUAGCCCUUGUUUAUGAAAGAUUAUAGGUAGCAUUGGAGCCAUCUCAGCAUCGCUCAAUGUGGGAAAGGCAGGCCCUAUGGAUGGACCCACACUCAUCAUCAAGCGCAACGAAUGAGAAUAUGGGAGGCAAGAAAAACCUCCAAUGGACACUUAAGAUGACUACUUCAUUGAACUUAUGGAGGCCGAGACCAGGAUGACUACUUCAUUGAACUGAUGACUACUUCAUUGAACUUAUGGAGGCCGAGACCAGGAUGACUACUUCAUUGAACUAAUGACUACUUCAUUGAACUUAUGGAGGCUGAGGCCAGGGCUACAGAUAACAUACAAAUCUUGUGCGCCAUUAUAAUCUCAGAUAGAGAACACACAAAUGUUGUAUGCAUCACAAAUGUUUUAAGGGAUAAACAACAAUGUUGUUUUAUUGUUGAAUAACGUAUAUUUUUUAGGUUGGGAUAUGGAUGCAUCAUUGGUGGAAGUAAGUAGUGCUCAAAGUAUUACAGGUUACUGUUAAAUGGGCUGAUUUCUUA